AAAGCCUUAAGCCCACAUAAAACCUUUUUUCAGUUUCGGUUUACUUCCCAACUCCAGAGUGCAAACAUCCUUUCAUUUUCUACUUCUCAGUCUCUGCUUAGACCCUUUUGACUCGGAUAGAUAUUUUUCUCCUUCUUAUCUCCACAGCGUCGCCGUAUUAGCAUCGUAGGAAUUCCACUUUGCGGCGCUACUAGUUGCAGUUGCACGGCCACAGCAUCCGAAGUUCAAUAUUGUUCACCCCGAUGUUUUUCAUUUACGUUAGAGGAAGGAACAGGCAUACAACCUAACAACUUUGAAGAAAGCAAAUAGAAUCGAUGUUCUCACUAUCAUAUAUUUCACCCCACAUAUUUUUAAAUCAAAGCCAACCACCUUACUUUGUUGAUGCUCAACCAUCCAGUUUGCCAAAAUACAUAAACCAUUUUGGGAAAACAAAAGGCAGCAACACUGCCAGCAACAGGCGAAGCGUACCCAUCUCCAAAGACUUGUCUUUCCUGACCCAUUCCACUCUAUCUGCAUCUCCUGCAAAUGUGGACGGUAGCAACAAUAUGCUUUCAUACGAUGCCAAUCCAACCAAUCAGCCUCUAGACUCCGGCACGAUAGGCCAUUGGCUCCAGUCUUGUUCUAAUGUUGAAGAGAUUAGAAAAGUUCAUGCUGUUGUUAUCAAGCGUAUGAAAGAACCAGUAGUUUUUGUUAAUAAUAACUUGAUCAGUGUGUACAUAAAAUUUGGAAAUUUGGUGGCAGCUCGACGGGUAUUUAAUAAUAUGUUGGAGAAAAAUGUUGUUUCCUGGACUGCGAUGCUUAACGGCUACCAGAAACAUGGUAUAGGAAAUGAAGCUUUGAGGUUGUUCCUUGAGUUUAUUGAUAGUGGGUUGCGUGGGAACUCACAGACAUAUGUUUCCCUGUUGAAAUUGUGUAGCAGGACAGUUGAUUAUGAUCUCGGAAGACAACUACAUGGUUAUAUAGUAAAGAGCCAAGUGAGUAAUUUCAUAUUGGAUUGUACUAUUUUGCACUUUUACGCUCGGUGCGGUGAUUUGGAUAGUGCUUUUGAAGUUUUUGACAGAAUGCAGAAUCGGGAUUUGAUUGCUUGGACAACCAUGAUUACAGCUUGUUCACAAAACAAACGAGGGCAGGAGGCUUUUGUCAUGUUAACACAAAUGUUAUCGGGUGGACUUGACCCAAAUGAGUUCACUGUUUGUAGUGUCUUGAAUGCUUGUGGCGAAGAGAAAGAAUUAAGAUACGGUAAACAGUUACAUUGUACUGUGGCUAAGAAGGCAUAUGAUCUGGAUGUUUAUGUAGAGACUUCAUGUGAUAUGUAUGCUAAAUGUGGGCAAAUUGAGGAUGCCAGGACGCUUUUUGACAAAAUGAAAAGGAGAAACGCAAUCACUUGGAAUACUAUUUUAGCAGGAUAUGCUCGCAAUGGGCUUGGAGAAGAGGCCACAAGACUCUUCCGCAUGAUGGAAAGAUUAAAGGUAUCUGUAAACAACUUAACCAUGGUUAGCCUCCUUAGAGCUUGUGGCUUACUCAGGGCCUUAUCAGCAGGUAAAGAAGUGCAUGCCCAAAUCUUCAGGAAUUUUGAACCAAACAAUAUUUUCAUUGGAAGUGCCCUUGUUUGGCUUUAUUGUAAAUGUGGGGAUUAUGCUUCUGCAUCGAAAGUUCUCCAGUAUCUGCCUGAUAAAGAUGUAGUUUCAUGGACCACAAUGAUUUCUGGUUGUGCUCGCCUCGGUCAUGAGUACGAGGCCCUUGAGUACUUGAAAGAAAUGUUGGGUGAAGGUGUGGAACCCAACCCUUUUACAUACUCAUCAGCACUCAAAGCAUGUGCAAAACUAGAAAAUAUUAAGCAAGGGAAACUUAUCCAUUCAUCCAUAAAUAAGAAACCAGCAUUAUCUAAUGUGUUUGUGGGCAGUGCUUUGCUUCAUAUGUAUUCCAAAUGCGGACAUCUUUCAGAGGCAAUUCAAGUCUUUGAUAGCAUGCCUGAAAGGAACUUGGUUUCCUGGAGGGCGAUGAUUGUAGCUUACGCCAAAAAUGGGCAUUGUAGUGAGGCGCUGAAGCUCAUGUAUCGAAUGCAAGCUGAGGGUAUUGAGGUGGAUGAUUACGUACUCUCAACUGUGCUUACAACCUGUGGAGAUUUUAAAUGGGAGGAGUCCUCAUCAGAGCAUUGUUUACAUUCUUAAGGUACAGAAUAGAAAGGAUUCUCUGUUUCUGGUUAAAAGCCAUCAUUGCUGUGGUUUAUGCGCAUUUACCAGCAACUAUAUCUUUAGUCAGUGGUGGCUGAAGAUUCGUC